AUGUUUCGAGCGAGUAGAUCGUUUCUUCUCAUGCGGAGAGAUGAACAGAGACGAAUAAUUACAAGGUACGUUGCUUGUUUGGAUAAUGCGUUUUGGGAAUGGCGAAACAUCAGCCAUGCUACACCAGAUCAGGAAAGCUUCGUCACCGUCAACUGGCAUAAAUUCAGAAAAAAGACAAUUGAAGCAAACGAUUACCCGUGUAUCAUGGAUAUAACCAGGUUCGUCGAACCGAUGCUGAUGACAGUAUGUAGGACAAGGGAGGGAAAGAAAUACCACUCUCUUGAGUUUAUUAGGAAAAUAAAGAGGAUUAAUGGGCAGCUGGCCAGUCUAGUUGGUGGCUAUUAUGUUAUGGGUGAAGGUCUACGCCUUGAUGGGAAAUUUGAUCACACCGUCACUGCUGACAGGAUACCAGAUACAAGUCCACUCAAUCCGUAUGAUGACUAUACUGCAAGUGAACAUGGGCUUGCGAGAGGGUCGUCUGACGAACCACAUAUUAAACUUACGAUUCCGGAUGACGAUGAUGAUUAUGUGUACAGAUCGUUGAAAGAAAAACUUGAUUGUCGCGCCACAAAAUAUAAAGAGCUAGAGCGGUUCGACAAAGAAAAAAAUGAUCGCUCCGAAAGCUUAAAGAAAACGUCAACCCAGAAGCCAAAUAGUCACUCGACAUAUGCACCAAGUCACGAAUGUUGCAAGAAAUCUCAAAAUAACUUGAUUAGCGGUCUUGCUAUUGACCGUCUCGACAGACUUAGACCUAACAUUAAUACGAAUUCCAAUUGGCAUGUGACAUCAGGCAACUUAAUAUACGCACCAGUUAUCCACAAGUAUUAUGACAAAUAUGGAAGAAUUACACGCACUUCUGAAAACGUCACCGAUGCUGAUAAUACAACUUCCCAGCAGGUAAAAACUAACAAUGACAAUGUAAAACCUAAGCCGACUCAUAUUAUACACGAUGACGUCGCCGAUGAAAUGAAGGAGGCUAUUCCGCAGAAAAUCAACACCACUGCUGUUAAGAAAAAUGUGAAAUUAAAAAAUGAGGCAUUGGUUCUUCCAAAAGAACCAAAAUCCACCUCUCUAAGUCAAACAACGGACUAUGAUUUGAUUGAGAAACAAGAACGAAUACAGACUCAAAUAGACGAAUUGCUAAAUGAAUUGAAAAACAUGAGAUUAUUGGCUCAACUUCCACAAAAUGAUACGACAGUUGAAUUGAUGCAGCUGGCCAAAAAUACUGACAUUGAACACCUCACGACAGAUGCAUGCAGGGAGGUGCAAAACAGGCACGAUGAAGAUAUGCUGACGGCAAAGAAAGAUUCUCUCGAAGUAAGUAAGAUGAUUGUAGACGUUUAUUCAAAAGAAAUGGAAUUAAAGAAACAAGACUUAGAAAUUGAAGCAAAAACAAAGGACUUGAAACAACAACAAAUAAAAUUAGAAAAGGAUAAACGGGAAUUUGAGAAAAUGGCCGAUUUCAAAGCAAAAACCCACUCGAAAUCGGAAAUAAAGAAAAGGAAAUCUUUUGGAAGUAUGAUUCCAAAUGACAGCAUACGUGAUGACCUCGGGACAAGUGAUAGUGAUAAAGGAGAAAUAAGUGAUAUAAAACUAGAUUAUGAGAUUCGAAGGAAACGGAAAGAAUCCCAAAAGAAAAAACAAAUGAAUGAAAGACAAAAUAAAACACAAAAAGCUGAAGAAAUUAUAUCAAAGAAAGAAGGACGAAAAAGAGAAGAAAAUGCAUUACUCAAUAGAAAUAAUGAGCCUGCAAACUUAGAGAACAAACAAAAAGUUCAAGAAGAACUCAUAUUUGAGGAAAAGCAGAUAGCCAAAGAAUUCAAACAAAUGGAAAGGCAGACUGCUGAAGAGGAACGCAAUUUAAAAGAAAAGCAAAGAGCCAAAGAGGAGCAAAAAUGUAAAGAAAAACAGAAAGCCAAAGAGGAGCAGAAAUUAAAAGAAAAGCAGAAAGUCAAAGAGGAGCAGAAAUUAAAAGAAAAGCAGAUAGCCAAAGAGGAGCAGAAAUUAAAAGAAAAGCAGAAAGUCGAAGAAUGCAAACUAAUGGAAAAGCAGAAUGCUGAAGAGGAACGCAAAUUAAAAGAAAAGCAGAAAACCAAAGAGAAGCAGAAAUUAAAAGAAAACCAGAAAGUCGAAGAAUGCAAACUAAUGGAAAAGCAGAAUGCUGAAGAGGAAUGCAAACUAAAAGAAAAGCAGAAAGCCAAAGAGGAUCAGAAAUUAAAAGAAAAGCAGCAGAAACCCGAAGAAUGCAAACAACUGGAAAAGCAGAAUGCUGAAGAUAAGCGCAAAUUAAAAGAAAAGCAGAAAGCCAAAGAGGAGCAGAAAUUUAAAGAAAAGCAGCAGAAAGCCGAAGAAUGCAAACUACUGGAAAAGCAGAAUGCUGAAGAUAAGCGCAAAUUAAAAGAAAAGCAGAAAGCCAAAGAGGAGCAGAAAUUUAAAGAAAAGCAACAGAAAGCCGAAGAAUGCAAACUACUGGAAAAGCAGAAUGCUGAAGAGGAAUGCAAACAAAAAGAAAAGCAGAAAGCCAAAGAGGAGCAGAAAUUUAAAGAAAAGCAACAGAAAGCCGAAGAAUGCAAGCUAAUGGAAAAGCAGAAUGCUGAAGAGGAACGCAAAUUAAAAGAAAAGCAGAGCGCCAAAGAGGAAAGGAAAUUAAAAGAAAAGCAGAUAGCCAAAGAGGAGCAGAAAUUAAAAGAAAAGCAGAAAGUCGAAGAAUGCAAACUAAUGAAAAAGCAGAAUGCUGAAGAGGAAUGCAAACUAGAGGAAAAGCAGAAAGCCAAAGAGGAGCAGAAAUUAAAAGAAAACCAGAUAGCCAAAGAGGAACAGAAAUUAAAAGAAAAGCAGAAAACCGAAGAAUGCAAACUAAUUGAAAAUCAGAAAGACGAAGAAUGCAAACUAAUCGAAAAGCAGAAUGCUGAAGAGAAGCAGAAAUUAAAAGAAAAGCAGAAAGCCGAAGAAUGCAAACUAAUUAAAAAUCAGAAAGCCGAAGAAUGCAAACUAAUGGAAAAUCAGAAUGCGGAAGAGGAAUGCAAAUUAAAAGAAAGGCAGAAAGUCGAAGAAUGCAAACUAAUUAAAAAUCAGAAAGCCGAAGAAUGCAAACUAAUGGAAAAGCAGAAUGCUGAAGAGGAACGCAAAUUAAAAGAAAAGCAGAAAGCCAAAGAGGAGCAGAAAUUAAAAGAAAAGCAGCAAAAAGCCGAAGAAUGCAAGCUAAUGGAAAAGCAGAUUGCUGAAGAGGAACGCAAAUUAAAAGAAAAGCAGAAAGCCAAAGAGGAACAGAAAUUAAAAGAAAACCAGAUAGCCAAAGAGGAACAGAAAUUAAAAGAAAAGCAGAAAACCGAAGAAUGCAAACUAAUUGAAAAUCAGAAAGACGAAGAAUGCAAACUAAUCGAAAAGCAGAAUGCUGAAGAGAAGCAGAAAUUAAAAGAAAAGCAGAAAGCCGAAGAAGGCAAACUAAUUAAAAAUCAGAAAGCCGAAGAAUGCAAACUAAUGGAAAAUCAGAAUGCUGAAGCGGAACGCAAAUUAAAAGAAAACCAGAUAGCCAAAGAGGAUCAGAAAUUAAAAGAGAAGCAGAUAGCCGAAGAAUGCAAACUAAUGGAAAAUCAGAAUGCUAGAGAGGAACGCAAAUUAAAAGAAAAGCAGAAAGCAAAAGAGGAGCAGAAAUUAAAAGAAAAUCAGAAAGCCGAAGAAUGCGAACAAAUGGAAAAGCAGAAUGCUAGAGAGGAACGCAAAUUCAAAGAAAAGCAGAAAGCCAAAGAGGAGCAGAAAUUAAAAGAAAAGCAGCAGAAAGCCGAAGAAUGCAAGCUAAUGGAAAAGCAGAAUGCUGAAGAGGAACGCAAAUUAAAAGAAAAGCAGAAAGCCAAAGAGGAACAGAAAUUAAAAGAAAAGCAGAUAGCCAAAGAGGAGCAGAAAUUAAAAGAAAAGCUGAAAGCCGAAGAAUGCAAACUAAUGGAAAAUCAGAAUGCUGAAGAGGAACGCAAAUUAAAAGAAAAGCAGAUAGCCAAAGAGGAUCAGAAAUUAAAAGAAAAGCAGAUAGCCGAAGAAUGCAAACUAAUGGAAAAUCAGAAUGCUAGAGAGGAACGCAAAUUAAAAGAAAAGCAGAAAGCCAAAGAGGAGCAGAAAUUAAACGAAAGGCAGAAAGCUAAAGAGGAGCAGAAAUUAAAAGAAAAGCAGAAAGCCGAAGAAUGCGAACUAAUGGAAAAGCAGAAUGCUGAAGAGGAAAGCAAAUUAAAAGAAAAGCAGAAAGCCAAAGAGGAGCAGAAAUUAAACGAAAUGCAGAAAGCAAAAGAGGAGCAGAAAUUAAAAGAAAAGCAGAAAGCCGAAGAAUGCAAACUUCUGGAAAAUCAGAAUGCUGAAGAGGAACGCAAAUUAAAGGAAAAGCAGUAUGCUGAAGAGGAACGCAAAUUAAAAGAAAAGCAGAAAGCCAAAGAGGAGCAGAAAUUAAAUGAAAGGCAGAAAGCCGAAGAAUGUAAACUAAUUGAAAAUCAGAAAGCAAAAGAAUGCAAACUAAUCGAAAAGCAGAAUGCUGAAGAGAAGCAGAAAUUAAAAGAAAUUCAGAAAGCCAAAGAGGAGCAGAAAUUAAAAGAAAAGCAGAUAGCCAAAGAGGAGCAAAAAUUAAAAGAAAAGCUGAAAGCCGAAGAAUGUAAACUAAUGGAAAAUCAGAAAGCCGAAGAAUGCAAACUUCUGGAAAAGCAGAAUGCUGAAGAGGAGCAGAAAUUAAAAGAAAAGCAGACAGCCAAAGAGGAGCACAAUUUAAAAGAAAAUCAGAAAGCCGAAGAAUGCGAACUAAUGGAAAAGCAGAAAAGUGAUGAGGAAGACGACUUAAAGGAAUGGUGUGAAACCAAAGAGGAGCGGGUAUUAAAAGAGAGACAGGAAGAAGAAUGCAAACUACUUAAAAGGCAGAAUGCUGAAGAGAAAUGCAAAUCAAAGGAUAUGCAGAAAGCCGAAAAGGGGAAAAAAUUAAAAGAAAAGAAGAAAGCCAAAGAGGAGCAGAAAUUAAAAGAAAAGCAGAAAACCAAAGAAGACAAACUAAUGAAAAGGCAGAAUGAUGAAGAGAAACACAAAUUAAAGGAUACACAGAAACUCGAAAAAAAGGAAAAAUUAAAAGAAAAGAAGAAAGCCAAAGAGGAGCAGAAAUUAAAUGAAAAGCAAAAAGCUGAAGAAAACAAAGUAAUGAAAAAGCAGAAAAUCGAAGAAGACAAACUAAUGAAAAAGCAGAAAGCCGAAGAAUGCAAACUAAUCAAAAAGCAGAAUGCUGAAGAGAAGCAGAAAUUGAAGGAUAUGCAGAAAGUCGAAAAAAGGGAAAAACUAGAAGAAAAGAAGAAAUCUAAAGAGGAGCAGAAAUUAAAACAAAAGCAGAAAACCGAAGAAGACAAACUAAUGAAAUGGGAGAAUGAUGAAGAGAAACACAAAUUAAAGGAUACGCAGAAAGUCGAAAAAAAGGAAAAAUUAAAAGAAAAGAAGAAAAUCAAAGAGGAGCAGAAAUCAAAAGCAAAGCAGGAAACUGACGAAAACAAACGUAUUAAAAAGCAGAAAGCCGAAGAAAAAAAACGAAUCAAAAAGCAGAAAGCUGAAGAAAACAAAGUAUUUAAAAAGCAGAAAGCCGAAGAGAACAAAGUAAUCAAAAAGCAGAAUUCUGAAGAGAAACACAAAUCAAAGGAUACGCAGAAACUCGAAAAAAAGGAAAAAUUAAAAGAAAAGAAGAAAAUCAAAGAGGAGCAGAAAUCAAAAGCAAAGCAGGAAGCUGAUGAAAACAAACGUAUUAAAAAGCAGAAAGCCGAAGAAAAAAAACUAAUCGAAAAGCAGAAAGCUGAAGAAAACAAACUAAUUAAAAAGCAGAAAGCUGAAGAAAACAAACUAAUGAAAAAGCAGAAUUCUGAAGAGAAACACAAAUUAAGGGAUAUGCAGAAAGUCGAAAAAAAGGAAAAAUUAAAAGAAAAGAAGAAAGCCAAAGAGGAGCAGAAAUCAAAAGAAAAGCAGGAAGCUUAUGAAAACAAACUAAUUAAAAAGCAGAAAGCUGAAGAAGAAAAACUAAUCAAAAAGCAGAAAGCUGAAGAAAACAAACUAAUUAAAAAGCAAAAAGCCGAAGAAAACAAACUAAUCAAAGAGCAGAAAGCCGAAGAAAAGAAACUAAUCAAAAGGCAGAAAGCUGAAGAAAACAAGAUAAUAAAAUGCCAGAAUUAUGAAAAGAAACGCAAAUUAAAGCAUAAGCAGAAAGUCGAAAAAUGGGGAAAAUUAAGAGAAAGGCAGAAAGCCAAAUAUGAGCAGAAAUUAGAAGAAAAGCAGAAAGCAGAAGAAAACAAACUAAUUAAAAAGCAGAAAGCCGAAGAAAACAAACUAAUCAAAAAGCAGAAAGCUGACGAAAACAAGGUAAUAAAAUGCCAGAAUUAUGAAAGGAAACGCAAAUUAAAGCAUAAGCAGAAAGUCGAAAAAUGGAAAAAAUUAAGAGAAAAGCAGAAAGCCAAAUCGGAGCAGAAAUUAGAAGAAAAGCAGAAAGCCGAAGCAUACAAGCUAAUCAAAAAGCAGAAAGAUGAAGAAAUCAAGCAUAAGCGGAAAGUCGAAAAAUGGGGAAAAUUAAGAGAAAGGCAGAAAGCCAAAUGGGAGCAGAAAUUAGAACAAAAGCAGAAAGCCGAGGAAUACAAGCUAAUGGAAAAGCAGAGAAUUGAUGAGGAACGAAUACUAUCUGAACAGCUGAGAUCUAAAGAGAAGCAGGAAUUUAAAACAAGACAGAGGCUCAUAGAGGAAAAAACUAGAAAUCUAGAGGAAGAACAGGUUGAAGAAGAAAACAUGAGAAAGGAGGCUGAAAAGGAAAAAAGAAAACGAGACGACCAGCGGAAAUGGGAAGAUACGACAAGAACAAUACGUAGACAAGAAAGGCGGAGACGUUUAGAUGAAACAUUGCAAGAUGUAUUUGAGAGAAAAAAGAAAGAACGCGAAGAAGAAAUCGAGCUACAGAGACUAGCUCAAGAAGAUGAAAUCAAAACAAAUGCAAGAGAAGAACGAACUAUUAGUGAACUUGAAUCAGAGGAAGAAUCAAUGUGGUAUGCAUACAUACAACGACAUGAUGAAGACCAAGAAAUCAAAAGGAAAAAACGGGAAAAACAAAGAAUAAAGAGACUAGCUCAAGAAGAUGAAAUCAGAAAGAAUGCAAGAGAAGAACGAUUUUUAAAUAUUGGUGAACUUGAAUCAGAGGAAGAUUCAAUGUCGUAUGCAUACAAACAACGACAGGAUGAAGACCAAGAAAUCAAAAGGAAAAAACGGGAAAAACAAAGAAUAAAGAGACUAGCUCAAGAAGAUGAAAUCAGAAAGAAUGCAAGAGAAGAACGAUUUUUAAAUAUUGGUGAACUUGAAUCAGAGGAAGAUUCAAUGUCGUAUUCAUACAAACAACGACAGGAUGAAGACCAAGAAAUCAAAAGGAAAAAACGGGAAAAACAAAGAAUAGAAAAUCAAAAAGCAGAAGAAGCACGGACAUUAGCAUCAAAGGAUAAGAUAAGGAGAGUAGAAGAGGAAAGAGAAGGACAAGCUCAUCUCGGAAAACAAGUGGAAAGGAGGAAUCGAGAAAAGAAAUUAGAGGAAGAGCAGAGGGUGAAAUCAAUUGAUUUGGAAUAUGAAAGUACGUUGAAGUUGUAUGAGGAGGAAAUAAAAUGGUGGGAAGAAGAAAUAGAGGAUCAAGCUAAACAAGGUAUAAUAAACGACCCUGGAACUUUCAUUAAAGGAAACGAAGCCAAAAAAUAUGCAUCAGAGAAACAAGAGAAAACGAGAAUUAGAGACAAGAAACUCGUUGAAAAGCAGAAGGAGGAACCACCUGAUUCGGAAUUUGAAGAUGCAUUGAAGUUCUUUGAGGAGGAAGAAAGGAAGAUGGAAGAAGAAAAAAGAGCAAAGAAAAUUAAAAAGAAGAAGGAGGUUCCAACUGAUUUGGAAUAUGAAAAUGCAUGUAAGUUCUUUAAGGAGGAAGAAAGGAAGAUGGAAGAAGAAAAAGAGCAAAGGAAGUUGAGACAGAACAAGCAAAUGAAGUAUUAA